AUGACAAACCUCACCUAUGUCCAACUACUCCAGGCUUCCUUUGCCGCUGUUUUCUCCCAAACCCUCCUCGCUCAGGCCCUCUUAUUCCAGACCCCAUUGUCUCACCACCUCAUCCAAUUCCUCUCCCACAAUCUCACAGUCUCGAUUUCAUGCACCGGCUGCCUACUCAUAUCCAUACUCUACUACUUCUACGCUCGUCCAUUCCCAGUUCUGAUGUUGGACUACGCCUGCUUUAAACCUGACUUCGAUAGUAAGCUCAGUUUAGAAGCGUUACUGUAUGUCAUUCGCCGGACUCAGCCCUUCUCCGCUAAAACCGAAGAGUUCAUGAAGGGCAUCUGUAACAAGUCUGGCCUGGGUGAUGAAACCUACUUACCCCCAGUCACCUUUCGAGCAGAGAACAGAGCUAAGUUAGUGUCCUCCAUUCAAGAAUCCAAGGAAGGGAUCUUCUCCGCCAUUGAUUCACUCCUCUCCAAAACCCAGAUCGACCCACAACGUAUAGACAUCGUCAUUGUCGCCUGCGGCAUGUUCGCGACGGUUCCUUCCCUUACGUCCCUCGUAGUCAAUCAUUACAACCUAAGGCCAGACGUUAAAACCUUCAACCUCUCAGGUAUGGGCUGCAGCUCAGGCGUCAUUUCCAUGGACAUGGCCGCCAAGCUCUUGAAAAGCAGCAGACUUAUAAGGUACGCACUCGUCGUCGUCACCGAGAACCUCAGCUCGAAUCGGUACUUUGGUCAUGACCGCUCCAUGGUCGUCGCCAACUGUAUCUUCCGUGUCGGUUGUGCUGCCGCGUUGAUCACGAACGACUCAAGCUGCCGCGCGGUCGCCAAGAUGGAACUCGUCAACUCGCUCAGGACUCACAAUGGAGCCGACGAUAGCGCCUACACAGCAGCGUUUCAACUCGAAGAUGAGGCCGGUAAUCUCGGGAUGUCACUCAAGAAAGACUUGGUUCGAGUUGCUGGCGUUGGCUUGCGUGAGCACAUUCGGUCGCUUGCGCCCCGAGUUCUCCCACUGAGUCAAUUAGUUUCGUAUGCGUACUCGGUCGUAAUGUCUGCACAAUCAUUCAGCGGCGAGUCGAAGCCAACUGUACCUGAUUUCACGACGGCAUUUGACCACAUGUGUAUCCACACGGGUGGGAAGGCUGUGAUAGAACAGGUGUCACGAGUGCUACGACUCGGAGACGAGGUGACAGAGCCGGCUCGGAUGUGUUUGCACCGAUUCGGGAACACGUCUAGUAGUCUGGUAUUCUACGAGUUGGGGUAUUUUGAAGCCAAGAAAAGAAUAAAGAGAGGAGAUAAGAUAUGGAUGCUGGCGUUUGGGACAGGGUUCAAGGUGUGUAGCCUGGUUUGGAAAUCGCUGAUGGAUUCGUGCAAAGAAGCUGAAAAUCCAUGGAGCGAUUGCAUCCAUCGAUACCCAUUAAAGAAGUAG